AUGCGUUCUCCCCAGGGCUCCCUUCCGGUUGAGGCGUUUCUUAAUCUCACGCGGUACCUUCGAAAUGAACGCGAGCAUGUGCCUCUCUAUGUGAUGGCUCGAUCAUUCGAUGUUCUCAAUUACCUUCUAGUUAUGCACGAGAGUCAGCCACUCCUGAAGACUUAUGUGCGGACUCUCAUCUCUGAUGCCUAUGCAGAUAUUGACUGGGACAAUGCUCAGCGUGAAAAUAGUCAUCUUUACAAUUUGGCUCGACAGACAAUCAUCACGAUGGCCUGCCUGAAUGGUCACAAGGAAUGUAUCUCCAAGUCGAGGAGCCUUUUCGAGGACUUCAUGAAAGACCCUACCAACCAUAAAAUACCAUCAAGUCUUACACCAACUGUCUUCUGUAUGGCGCUUCGAUAUGGAGGCGCUACAGAGUACAAUUACUUGAAAAAGAUGAUGGUUGAAGCCUUGCACGAAGAGGAGAAACAUCGCAUUAUUGAGGCCAUGGGAUGCAUACGAGAUUUUAGUCUUUUUAAGAGUUUCAUUUUUGGAUUAAUGGAUGAUACUAGCCAAAAGUACGACGAAUUGGAACUUCCUACAACACUUAACGGAAACCCCGUGGCUCUCUACGCUCUCUACGACAUUCUUAAACGCGAAUUCCCAAGAAGGAGCGAGUCCUUCAAUUUCACGCUUAUUUUGAGGUCAAUUGAAAAACGCGGAAUCUACAUUGAUAUGCUGCCUAUUCAAGAAGAACUAAGACAAAUGAAUCGUACCCUCAGUCGCGAAUCGGAUAAGACUGCCGAACGUGCAAUAAAUCGAAUCAUGAAGCAGUCAAAUCGUCAUCAAAUGUGGUUGUCUCGCAACGCCAAUACCAUUUACAAGUGGCUAAAACAGGAACUUGGUGUUCAGAAUGUCCCGUCACAAUCCAUCUCAUCCCAAUCUAUAACAUCGCGCUUGACCACAGGCGCCAAAGUUACUGCUUAG